AUGCGACUGCGUAAGGUAGAGCAAGUGGAUACACUGGCUGUUGGGCCCCCUGAAUGCCCCCGCUUGAUUCUUCCCGGCGGGGCUAGGAUCGCUGGUACGGUAGAGGGCACCCAAGGGGCCGUUGGCGCCAACGGCGUCUCACGGCCCUUCGUCUUGACGCGUAUGCAAGGUGCGAAUGUUACAGGGCGCAGCCGAGCGUGGGGAAUUGGAAGAAUUGAUUGA